CAGUUUCGAUGAUAAAACUCGUGUAAACUGACCGUAAAUACCUAAAAGAAGUCAUUGAAGAGAAAGAAGAACGUCUCCCUUAUCUCUCCCUUAUGUGUAAUGUUUGUCAACUCAACAGAGAAAGUGUAUAUCACUGGGCCAACAGCAAUGAACUGUGAUGACAUGACAAGUUUCUGCUCCCUGGUGAUAAAUAUAACAUCAGCGACAAGCACAUUCAUUGGCCACCAGCUGGACCUGCUGUACCUAGGAUGGGUCUGGUCUCUCUUCUACCCAGCCAUCUUAGUCAUGCUUAUCUUGCCUGCCAUGAUAUUAAUUUUACUUUACUUCUCUGCAUUUUUGCUCUACAUAUAUCAGAGAAGAAAAAAUGUGUAUAAUGUCCUGCAUGAGACAUUGGAGCAGCGUGACCCAUGGGUUGGGGGUCGCUACCUUAUUUCUCUGGUGUGGGAUGCUCAUGGCUACAUAUGGCAUGGGUAUGAGGUGAAAGGUUUGGAGAACCUCCCUGAUAGUGGUCCCUGCCUCAUAAUAUAUUAUCAUGGUGCCAUUCCUCUGGAUAUCUAUUAUCUUGUAGCACGAACCAUCAUAGUUAAAGGGCGGCUCGUGCACUGCGUGGGUGACAGGUUCUUAGAGAAAGUGCCAGGUUGGAAAGUUAUUCUUGAAGCUUUUGACAUCACUGCAGGGACCAUUAGCUCAUGUAUCCAGACACUCUCAGAAGGUCAUAUUCUCUCCAUUUCUCCUGGAGGUGUACGGGAAGCCCAGUUCUCAGAUCACAAUUACCAGCUUAUGUGGGGCAAGCGAGCAGGUUUUGCCAAAGUAGCCAUUGGGGCAAAUGCUCCCGUUGUUCCCAUGUUCACCGAAAACCUAAGAGAAGCCUUCCGCACUGUGUCCUGGCCACAUAAACUGUGGAUAACACUUUACGAGACUUUCAGAUUUCCCUGUGCUCCCAUCUAUGGUGGAUUCCCAGUCAAGACUCUGGCAAUGAGUAAUUUUAUGAUGUAGUUCCAUGCUUUAUUUUGUUGAUAUCCUUAGUGAAUUUCUGACAUCUCGGCAGUUUGUAAGACUGACUUAGCCACUGUGUUCAGUGCAUGUUAGUAGGAUAGACCUUCAGUAAGUUUGCACAGUAAAAGACAAUAUUUCCCCUAACCUUAGUUAUGCAACACUUCCUAAAAAGUUCCCACAUCAUUACAAAUUUAUGAAAAUUUAGAUUGCUUGGAAUUGAAGUCCAGCAUUAAUUGUUAUUCUUUAGGAAAAUUGUGUGUACUGUCAUUGUUUCACAUUAUGUAUAACAAACAUUGAAAACUCUUAUGUGGGGACAAUAGUGACCCGUUGGAUAAGCUUGAGAACCCAACUAGCCAAGAUAGUUUCUCACUAGAUUGAGCCACAUUUUGAACUCUUGAAUCGGUUUACACUUGAACCUCUCUAAUUUGACAUCGUCGGGGCUCUACCAUUAUUGAAUUACUCAAAGAGCCCAAAUUAUCCAAAAUAUUUGAAUUUGGUUGAUGAUUUCAGACAUUUUGUUGAGAUAAAGGAAUUUUUCAGCAAUUUAAUCAGGUACCGGUAAUUAAUAACAUAAAAAACCAAACCUACUCCACCUAUUUCACUUUUUAACUAUGAUACUAUAUUUUUAUAGUUCGUGACAAUUAUAUUCAAAUAUACUAUACAAUUACCAUUCAUAUUUAAUUAAAAAAAAUUGUUUUAAUUUCCUUUGGCAUCAAUACAGGGAUUAUUAGUUUAUAUGUUGUAUGGUAACAUAAGCUCACUGUGGCUGUACAGUACAUUUUUAAAACAAACAAGACACCCCAGUUACUAUUAUGUAAUAUACUGUACUGUAUAGAUUUAUACUGUAUUUAAAUAUCUUAACAUCUGGUGGACUUGUAUUAAAAAAUAGUAGCUAGUUGAGGAAAUAUAUUAAUAUUUUUUUAAUAAAAUGUGCUUGGACAGAAUACUGUACAGUAUUGGGAUGUGUAACUUGUGUAAACCCAGUGCCGGUUGUGCUUGCAGCCAGAGGCAGUGUUCUGCCAUGCAGGGCAACAAAUUUCAACAUAUCAGAAGUGUGGAUAAAUUUUACAACUGCAGUGUAAUUCAGUCAUUUGGGUCUCAGUGUCUUUUUUUUUUUUUAAUUCAACAUUGUCCAAAAUGUAUGAAUUAAUGUAAACUUUGACUAAAUAAAGGGUGAAUUAGAGGGGGUUGGAGUCUAUUAAAUUUGAUUAUUUCUACCAUGCACACUGGGGGAUUUAAUACUCUUCAAUUAACUUGCAUUGUUGUACUGUAUUCAGAUGCUUUGCACUGUAGACAUUUCUCUUUUGAUGUGACACAAUGAGA